UGUGCGUACACCGCUUACAACGUAAUGUUCGCGUUAAACGGAAGAAAAUCGUCCAGUGUUCAACAAAUUCGGAUUGCGGUAUUUCUAAAUUAAUCGUGAAAGGUGUUUUUGAUAGAAUAUGCAGUCUGUAAACCGGUAAAACUUGUGGAAUGUGCUCGAAUCGAACGCAUCGGUCACAGCUGAUUGCUUUGGUGUUGAUUAAUUAUUCCAAUUGUGGUAAAUUUGCUACGUUUAUGGCAUCCGAGAUACAAAUCAGUCCACUUUGCGAGAAUCAUGUUGUCACUUUGGGGCUGCGGCAAUUAAUUAAGUCUCGUUGAGAGCGAUCGCAAAAAGUGUUGGGAGAAACCACUGAAGCAGGAACUGAGUGUGUUGUUUUUCGCAGUUCUUCAGAUGGUCAAGUGGGAAAAAAAUGACAGAUGGAGAGAAUAGUGCUGACGAUUUGUCCAAAUCUGAGGACAUUUCAGUUAAUAGAAGUAUCCCUGAUAUUAUUGAAAGUCCAAAUUUCAAUGAUGCCUAUACUGCCUGGCAUGAGAUGCUGGAGGCAGAAAGCCGUGGGGUCGCUGGCCGCCUGGCAGACCUCGAACGUAAAGUGCUCGAACAAUCAGACGAGCUAAUGUGUUUGAAAGCUACCCUAGCUGAAGCCCUCCGUCGUGUCAGUCAGCUAGAAGGCACAAAAAUAAAUCACCAACCGUCGAUCGUUUCAUCACCUCUACGUAACGGUACAGCUAAAGAUACCGUCCGUCUGCGAACUCAGCAGUAUACCGGCUCAAAAACCACAUCCUUAGAAGUAAACCGUAGGAGUUAUGGCAGCUCGAACUUACCACAAAGAAGAGCCGUCCAUUAUCAAUCUACGGGAAGUCUACACAGCGAUAGUCACAGCUCUAGUAGCGUGUCACCGGUGCCAUCGCCAUCACCAAGAGCUACACCACUGCCUUUGAACAAGAAACCACCUCCUAGUACUCCUAGUCCAGUGGCGAACGGGAGUAGUACUUUACACAAAAGGUGGAGUUCUACUGGUGAUUUCCAUCAACAUAAUGCAAAUUCACCGAGCGGGAUGCAUUCAAAGUUUUCCACAAAAUCGUUUUUGAAUUUGUACAAUACAAGGUCUAAUAAUUUUCCCACACCAAAUUAUAAGCAUGGAACUAAAGAGGCCACCUUCAAUGAGGAGGAAAAAACGGUCAGAAUGUUCCUGCGUGGCCGCCCCAUCAUCUUGUAUGUCCCAAGUGAAAUGGGUGACAGCUACGAUAUUACCAAAGUGACAACGGCACCGGCCCAAAAACUGAAACUGGACUGGGUUUAUGGAUACCGGGGGCGAGAUUGUCGUUCUAAUUUGUACUAUCUGCCAACGGGUGAAAUGGUAUAUUUUGUAGCAGCGGUAGUCGUUUUGUAUAAUGUAGAAGAACAGAGCCAGAGGCAUUAUUUGGGGCAUACUGAUGAUGUAAAAAGUUUGGCCAUUCACCCAAAUAAGAUGCUGGUGGCAACUGGACAGUGUGCCGGGCAUGACCGUCGGGACGCGAGGCCACAUAUUCGAGUCUGGAAUUCCGUGUCCUUACACACGCAAGCCAUAAUAGGGAUGAACGAUUUCGACGUAUCUGUUUGUUGUCUGUCGUUCAGUAAAGCUGACGGAGGCUCACUUCUCCUAGCAGUUGAUGAAGCUCCCGACCACAUCAUUUCAAUAUGGGACUGGCAGAAGGGUGACAACGGUCACAAAAUAACGGAAACGAAGUGUUCAGUCGACACCAUUGUUGCUGCUGAGUUUCAUCCGCUAGACCGUAACAUUAUAGUGACUUGUGGUAAAAGUCAUAUCGCUUUCUGGUCAUUAGACGUCGGGGGUACUCUUUACAAAAGAAUGGGUAUCUUCGAAUCACGCGACAAACCCAAAUAUGUAACCUGCGUGGGUUUCCUGCAAACUGGUGAAACUAUAACCGGCGAUUCCAAUGGAAAUUUAGAGGUGUGGGGAAGGGGAACCAACACUAUAUGGAAAUUUAUUAAAGGUGUCCACGAGGGGGCGGUCUUUUCUAUCUGUGUGUUGAAAGAUGGAAGUAUUGUUACUGGCGGUGGAAAGGAUGGAAGGAUUGUUCUUUUUGAUUCAAGCUUGCAGAAGCCGCGGGAAGAAACUCAGAUUGAAGGUCACUUUGGAGGUAUCCGCGUCGUGUCGGAAGGUUGCGGUUCACAACUUAUCGUUGGUACCACGAAGAACUGUAUACUCACCGGUACCGUUGAAUUAGGUUUUCAACCUAUUAUUUUGGGCCACACUGAUGAACUUUGUAGUUUAGCAUCGCAUCCCAGCAUACAACAAUUUGCAACGUCUGGAUAUGACAAAGUGUUGCAGCUAUGGGAUGCUAUGUCACACAGUAUCCUAUGGAGUAAAGAUAUUGGGGAACAAGCGCAAAGUUUAGCUUUUACAAAAGAUGGAACCACGGUGAUCGUGGGAUGUACAACGGGUCGAUGGAUGGUAUUCGACAUACAGACUCGUGAACUUUUAGAAAGUCAUUCCGAUGGUGCUGAACCCAUUCAAACAAUUCAGUGUUCUCCAGAUGGGAGCAUGCUAGCGUUAGGAUCACGCGAUAACAACAUAUAUAUUUACCAAGUGUCUGAAGAAGGGCACAAGUAUAACCGUGUGGGAAGAUGUAUGGGCCAUUCAAGUUACAUUACUCAUGUAGAUUGGUCAACUGAUAGUCAAACUUUGCGGACGAAUUCUGGAGAUUACGAACUUCUAUACUGGAAUGCGGCAACCUGCCGACAAAUACCUCAAACAGGUGUCAUGAGGGAUGUAGAAUGGGCAACUAACAACUGCACCAUAACCUUCACUACAAUUGGAAUAUGGCCAGAAAAUGCUGAUGGUACUGAUGUAAACUUCUGUGAUCGUAGUCAUGAUGAGAAACUCGUAGCAACAGGGGAUGAUUUUGGAAAAGUAAAAUUAUAUAGUUACCCCGCUUCGCAACCCAAAUCGCUUUGUCACAGCUACGGUGGACAUAGCAGCCACGUGAUGGCCGUGAAUUUCUUGCAUGACGACACUAGGUUGGUUUCAAUAGGAGGAAAAGAUACUGCCGUUUUACAAUGGACUGUGUCUUAAAUGGUUAAGAUCCAUCCAAGUAUUACAACGGAUGCCUUAAUUAAACGAGCUGUCACUUUUUAAAUAUUUAUUAUGUUAAUUGUGUAGACUGGUGAUCUCAAUAAACAAUGCGUAAUUGUUUAGUGAAAUCGCUCCAGAAAAAAAGCUGUUGGUGACCGGCAUAUUUAACUUAAGAGGCCUUAUAUAACAACUAAUUCAUUCCAAGCUUCUGAGUGCAAAUUAGCACAAUAUGUUUACGACUCACUAGUAGAAUCAAUGGUUGUUCAUCCGAAUUAAAAAAAAAAUUAAAUAAAAUUUGUCGUUGAUCAAGUGCCACAAAUGUUCCAUUUUUAAGCAAAAGUGUAAGUAGUCCACUGCAAAAUGUUCUUGAAAUUGUUAUUUAUAGUAUGUUGUACACAAUUAUUAUACGUGUGAUAAAUAAAGUGUAAAAGUAAA